CGACCAUGACAGUGAAGGUACAGAGGAUGAGGAAGUGAGUGUCAGUCUCCACUGAUCUGGGCUCAGUGACACACAGACGUAUGGAUCCUCUGAUGCUCCUGUUUCUUUUCAUUGCUGGGCUCACAGGUGCUGACAGUGUGACCAAAGCAAGCGAUGUGUCUGCAUGGAGAGGAGGAUCUGCCACCCUGUCAUGUUUCUAUGCUGACAGAUAUAAAACUCAUGUGAAAUACUGGUGUAAAGGUUUGAGCUGGUCUUCAUGUACUCCCAUAGUAAGCACUGACUCUCCACAGGAGGGUAAAGUGUCAAUCAGAGAUUAUCCUGACCAGCGAGUCUUCACUGUGACCAUCAACAGUCUGACAGCUGGGGACUCUGGUUAUUACUCAUGUGGUGUGAAGAUCAAUGAACGUUCAGAAUCUGGAAAUUGGGUUGAACUGUCAGUCACUGAUGGUGUGUCCACACUGAACACGGUGACUGUACAGAGAGGAGGAUCUGUCACCAUCCCAUGUUUCUAUGGUGACAGAUAUAAAUCUCAUGUGAAAUACUGGUGCAGUGGGAAUUAUAGGUUUUCAUGUACUCCCAUAGUAGACACUGACUCUCCACAGGAGGGUAAAAUGUCAGUCAGAGAUAAUCCUGACCAGCAAGUCUUCACUGUGACCAUGAACAAUCUGACAACUAGCGACACUGAUAAGUACUGGUGUGGUGUGAAGAUCAAUGGAGGUUCAGAUGCUGGAGCAUCACUUGACCUGUCAGUCACUGAGGGUUCCCCAGGGCUGUCAGUGGACAAACAGGAGGUGACGGGUGUGGAAGGAGACAGUGUCAGUGUUCAGUGUCGCUAUAAAUACAAUUAUGGUCAGAAGCUGUGGUGUAAGGCUGGAGGCUCCUGUGUAUCAGAGAGAUCUGUGAGUUUGGAUGGGAGGCCUGUCCUGAUCAGGGAUGACAGAGAUAAUAAAGUCUUCAAUGUGACAAUGAAGGGACUGGAGAGGAAGGACACAGGCUGGUACUGGUGUACUGCUGAUAUCUGGCAGAUCCCAGUUCAUAUUACUGUCAAUCAGACAAUUACAACCACAACCAGCACUGAUCAGACCAUCAAGCUGCCUGCUCCUAGAUCGACCCCCACAGGAGCGAAUGAUAAGUGGCAGAGCUUGUUUCUGUAUGUAGGGCUGGGCUCAUUGGUGCUGCUGUUGAUCAUCAUCAUCAUCACAUGGAAAGUGUGGGACAAACACAAGAAAAAAAUGGUCAGGAGCCAAGAUCCAGGAAGCACAGAAUUGACAGUGAACCCAGACCAUGAAUAUGCAGCUGUAGACAGAACUGGCAUCAUAGAGGGAGCCCCCCCAGAUCAGGCCUCUGAGGAGCCUGGUGCUGAUGUCACCUACAGCUCCAUUGUCCUGUCAGGCCCAGAGCAGGUGUCCUCUAGAUGUUCUUCACACCAUCCUGCUGUAACCCCAGCCAGCGAUGUGGUCUACAGCUCAGUCGCCCUGAAGCACAGAGAGUAGGGGGCAGCGACACAGAGAGGCUCCUCUACAUGUGGGGAGCUGCUGCUCAGGAUGAGAGCUGUGAGGGAGACACAGAUACUCCAGUGAUGGGGAGGGAUCAUCAGCAGAGAGGAGCAUCUUACAGUGAUGUGAGCUGUAUUUACAUGGCAUGCAGCACUGUCACAUUACAGUGUGACAGUAACAGUGGCGGAACAACUGCACACAAGGCCCCAGGGCAAAACACCGAUCGGGCACCCCCUCCUCCCGCGUGCGUGCGAAUACACGCGUGUAUGUGGCGGCACUGAAACGAGUUUUAAAGUGUAGGUGCAGGAUCACAAAAAAACUUUGCGAGAGAAUUCGACUGUCCCUCACAAAAACUGUAAAGUUUUAGUGGCUAAAUUACGUUUUCUACGCCUUUUCAGACAGGAGGAGAUUUGUUUGGCUAUGACUAGAAAUUUAGAAACUUAGACAGCACAGAAUCAUUAACCUACUUUAAGGCAUUUAUUUAUACAACCACAUAUUUCCCACAUUACAUCACUGCAUUACUGAUGUCCCACAUUUCAACAUCAGUGAUGCAGUGAAGAUAGUCUUUAUUUCAGAUGAAUGAAGACAUUAGGCAGCCUUUAGAUCCUACCCAUCAUGCACUGCAGUUUUUUUGCAAAUUCCUCGAACGGAAAACCAUUAAAUACAAAAGGAACAGCUUAGUUUGACUUCAAAACAUUACUAUGUAUUAUAUUUUAAGUUUGUUGUAGGGAUUUUACAGAUUUUUUUCUAAAAAUUAAAAAUUACAUCUACUUUAAAAAAAUACAGCUACCAUAAUAAGAAUAUAUACGAAAGUCAAAAGUCAGAAUUAAAAUUUGAAUAUUAUGUUCUAGCUGUCAAGAGCUUCAAAGAAAUUAUAUCAGUAUAACUUUAUGUGUAUUUAGUAUAUGGGAGGGUCCUCUUUUUGUUGGGGGGAGGGCCCUCUACGAUCCAGGGGAUGGCCCAGGCCCAGGGGCAGAGCUAUAGGUGGGGUGGGCGGGGCCAUCGCCCCUGGGCCCGGGCCCUCCCCUGGAUCGUAGAGGUCCCUCCCCCCAACAAAAAGAGGGAAGAAAUGGAGUCACGACUGCCAGUUUCACCGUGCAUUCGCUCCCUCCUCCAUUGCAGCAUUUUUUUUUUAAACUUACAUCACACGCUGAUGACAUUUUUCCGGUUUCCUGCCGCAAGACCAUCUUCAGCAAGCGAAACUUAAUGUAGAGUAUGCGUGACUUCAUUCCGAAUGUACUCUUUAAACUUCAGGAAAAGUAGGUUGAUGUUGCAUGUUUACAAUCACCAAGAGCCACUUCAUUCUGCCUGCUCGUGUAAUGCAAGCAUGUCUUGAAGCACAAUGUGCACUUUAAUAAAGACUCCGAAUGACCCCCCAUAUUAUCUGACCACUUCUUUUUAAUCUCGGGCACAGUGCGACUCUCUGAACUUGUGCCUCCACCACACUGUUCCACUCCAUCAGUAUAUUUUUCCUGGCCUCUACUUCACUGAGCAGGACCUCCAUUUCGCAUUUGCUGAAAUUCUUCUUUUUCACCCGUGCUUUUGCCAUCAGAUCCUCACUGAUGUAAGUUCCAAGGAAUUUGAAGAUUUCCACUCUCUCCACUUCCGUUUCACAGAUAU